CUCAUACAGCAGUCAUGGACCAGCGGCCCGGAGAAGCAGACGAGACCUAUCAGGCCCGCAUGUUGGCCUGGAGUACUGAGACAAAGAAACUGGCAGAUGACGCUGCCGCAGCAGCAAAGAAGAAGGCAGAGGAUGCAGAGCAGGCACGUCUUCUGGCAAUUGAACAACAGCGCCAGCAUGACGAGGCAGCAGCAAGGGCUGUCGAUGAAGAGAGACACCAACGUCGUGAGAAGAUCUUUACCAGAGAGCAAGCGUUACUAACAAUGGCAGCGGAAUGGCGGACCGAGGCCGAGAAUAGCCAGUUGGAGGAUAGCGCAAACAAGAUAGCGCUCCUCCUCUCGCAUCUCACAGACCUCCUAGCAACCUGCAUUACACAGCAGGAGGAGAUCCACGGUCUCGACAACUUGCUAGCUCGUGUCCAAGACCGCCUUCAGCGGUUGGAGCAACGACUAGUCGCCGCAGCCGACGCCAACUCUUCCAACACUUCCGACCGCCUCAACGCAUUGGAGAUGGACGUUGGCUCACUCAAGGAUGGCGUGCAAUUGCAGCAGACCGCGACACAACAGUUGCAACAACGGAUCUGCACUACUGCCAACACCUCGAGUUCGGAACCGCGCGAGACAGCUCCAAAGUUCGAUGGGCAGGAGAUCUUUUGCGACUCAAUGAAGACAGAUCCGGUUCCAUGGUUUCACAAGUUCGAGCUCACGCUGCAGCUCCACAACGUCAAGGAACACAAGGACCACGCAUACUUGUACUCUCGCUCAGGGGGCGAGUGUCAGGCUUGGUUGGACAACCUGUUGUCCAAGUACGGAGUGGUAGCCAACGACUUGCACACCAAGAUCAGUUGGGAUGAUCUGAAGGCGGCGUGGGACAAGCGGUUCCAGGUGGAGCCGCCAGAGAUCAAAGCCAUGGACAAGCUCAUGGUCUUCGAGCAAGGCACGCUGCCGAGUACGGACUGGAUCGUCGAGUACCAACGCUUGACGUCAGUCCCAGACAUCCAAAUGGGCUUCAAGACCAUCCGCCACUACUUCAUCUCAAGGUCAUGUCCGACAUUAAGCAAUGCCCUGACUCAUGUCGAGGACACCUUGACGACGACGGCGGCGGAACUGCUUGACACGGCCGCGCAAAUCAUCAUCACGAACAAGGAGGCCAAGAACCUCCGUUCAUUUGCGUCAGGCCCGAGCAGGGACCAGCAUCGACCAAGAGUGGCCGUGGUCGCAGCGGCAACGCCGUUGGACCAAACCAGCGAGGCUGUGUCUUCAGUGAAGUGGACAGACUCGCAGCCGCCUGGGAAGGUGGCCGCCCCGGCAGAGGCCGAGGACGCGGCAAGACGAAGACACACACCGCAUCUAGCCCCGGGCCCGGUGCAGCAGCUCAGACAGGCCCAUGGUCCCAAUAUGGCAUCUCCGAACGCAGGGUUGCCCAUUAAAAGGCAAGGGCAGACAGGGAAACUGAGCACUGCCGAGAGUGACUCGACGAUACGCUUGACGCCUUCGGAACCGGUUUCUUCGAGAGUAACCGGCCUUCAUUCCAAGGCGCACGCGGAAGUCGAUAGUCCUCCUCUUCUACUUUCUUUUGAGGACUAUGCUGCCCGGCUCGUUCCUAUGCUGGGUACUCAAGCUCAAGGACAAGGAGUGUGUGCGGUUUCUUCUCCGUCCAGCAACGGCGACAUAUCGUCUUCAAGUGAUUCAUCACGGGACUCGGCACGCGAGUUCAACAUAGAGGCAUUGGACCCGCUCAUGUCUGAGGACUUUGCAUGGCUUCCUCUCCCGACCACAGGCCGCUUGCCGGGACCGCAAUGCGCAACACUUAGCGCUAAUCUUCACACUUACUUAUCCUUCUAUGCACCACCAACUUCGCCAAGGGAUGACGAAGUCGCGGUGGGGGACAUCCUGGCGUGUACUACCAAGGUGGCCCGCGAGUUUCGCACGCAGCGGUACGAUGACAACAACGCACCGCUCAUGUAUGUCCGCAUUCAGGUUGGGCAAGCGUCCUGCAGCGCUUUGCUGGAUAGCGGCGCGUCUCGCAAUUUCAUGAGCCAAUCCUUUAUGCAAAGGGCUGGCCUUGGCGCACAAGUUUGGAGGAAGGCAAACCCGACGGCGAUCAAGUUGGCGGAUGGAAAGACGCAACAACUUCUCGACCGUUACAUCGAGGCCGUACCGGUCUACUUCGCACCUCAUGCAUGCGAACCGGUGACAUUCAAUAUUCUCGACACGGACUUCGACAUCAUUCUGGGAAUGCCUUGGCUUGCAAGUGCGGAUCACACGGUCAACUUCCAUCGGCGGACUCUUAGCGUUCGCGACGCCUUCGGCGCGGAGGUGGCGUGUACUAUUCCUCUACCGCACACUUCGAUCCGGUGCCAAGUGGUGACGGCCAAAUCAUUCCGGGCGACUUGCGCUUACGAGCAGCCCGAGGARAUCGGCCUAUGUUUCCUACGGACCGUCGCGGUAGCCGACUCUUCACCCACRGACUUGUCUUCGGACCCCCGUGUGGUGCGGUUGCUGGACGAGUUCGCCGACAUCUUCGAGUCACCUACYGGUGUGGUGCCGGAUCGGCCGMUCUCUCACGAGAUCAUUCUUGAGSCCGGUGCCGUGCCGCCGAAAGGUUGCAUCUAUCGGAURAGCGAGGAGGAACUUGARGUCCUCCGCGCACAACUCGAUGAUUUGCUGGCCAAGGGCUGGAUCCGCCCUAGCAGCUCCCCAUAUGGAGCACCAGUUCUCUUCGUCAGGAAGAAGAACAAGGAUCUACGAUUGUGUAUUGACUACCGCAAGCUCAACGCGCAAACCGUCAAGAAUGCGGGGCCUCUUCCUCGCAUCGACGAUCUUCUUGAGCGAUUGGGCGGCGCAAAAUAUUUUUCUAAGUUGGAUUUGAAAUCGGGAUAUCAUCAAAUCUCGAUCCAGCCAAACGAUCGCUACAAGACGCGGUACGGGCAUUUUGAGUGGGUGGUCAUGCCUUUUGGCCUCACCAACGCCCCGACGACGUUCCAGGCGGCAAUGACCAAUGAAUUCCGUGCAAUGUUGGACCGGUUCGUGCUGGUCUACUUAGAUGAUAUUCUCGUCUAUAGCCGGUCAUUGGAGGAUCAUCUUGGGCAUCUUCGACGAGUGUUGGAGACGCUCCGCCGCACCAAGUACAAGGCCAACCGCGACAAGUGUGAAUUUGUCCAGCAGGAGCUGGAAUACUUUGGCCAUUUUGUCACACCGGAGGGCAUCAGUCCGCUAUCGGACAAGAUUCAGGCCGUCCAGGAGUGGCCGGAGCCUCAGAACGUCACGGAUGUCCGCUCGUUCCUCGGUCUUACCGGCUACUAUCAGCGCUUCAUCAAAGGCUACUCCAAGAUCGCGGCCCACUUGAACAAGCUUCAAUGCGAGGAUCAACCGUUUGACUUCGGAGAGGAGGCGCGGGGAUCAUUCUUCGCUCUCAAAGCCGCGCUAUUGUCUGCGGAGGUCUUGCGGAUAUACGACCCGCUCUCGCUUACGCGCGUCACUACGGAUGCGUCAGGCUAUGGCAUUGGUGCAGUCCUCGAGCAACAUGAUGGUGUGAACUGGCACCCGGUCGAGUACUUCAGCAAGAAAGUGCCCAUUGUGCAUUCCAUUGACGAUGCACGCAAGAAGGAGUUCCUCGCCUUCGUCCACGCGCUCAAGCGGUGGCGGCACUUCGUCCUUGGUCGAAGCCAAUUUCGCUGGGUAACGGACAACAAUCCAUUGGUCUUCUACAAGACCCAAGACACCGUCAACAGCACCAUCGCUCGAUGGAUGGCUUUCAUCGACCAGUUCGACUUCUUUCCCGAUCACAUUCCCGGGAAGUCAAACCGUUUUGCGGAUGCUCUUUCACGGCCGGAACAUGACGAUUUUCCCGGGAGACGUACGCAAGACCCGCCUUCUAUGGACGGUUUUCAGGAGGUCGGCGACAUCAUCUCCCAGCGACGCUACGGCAAUAAGCCAACUGAGUAUUUGGUGCAUUUUGCAUACUGCACACACCGAGCUGACCGUUGGUUAACCCGUGCGGAACUUCAGGCAACAGCUUCAGACGUUCUCGCACGUUACGAACACAAGAUGCAAGGCAAGCCGGUUUCUUCGGCUCCACGCCGCGUCUGCGUCCAGGUUCCACUUUCAGAUCGUCGACUUUGCCCUCGCCCCGGCUUGACUUCAUAAGGAGGGGGGGGUGUUACAUGCYGCGCGUGCACACGCGGGCCAUUUUGCAGGCCCGACGUCCUUCAGGCCAAAAGCCUGAAUUUCAGGCCGAAAGCCUGAAAUCCAGGGCUUACAGGGCCCAUGUCGGAUCAGGCCGAAAGCCUGAAUUCCAGGGCCACAGCCCCUAUGUCGUUUCAAACCAAAAACGGCAUCAACCUUUUUAGCCUGAAACAAAGGGCCAUUUUCGGU